AUGGAAGUGGGAAAAGUACUUUCUUCAGUAUUUGCAGUUUUGUUGGUGUCGAAGCUGCUCGAGGCCGCGUGCUCUAAUGGAGACUGUAAGGUGGGAGAUGAGUGUUCAACUGAUUCGGAUUGCGGCCGGGGAUUGUAUUGCUUUUCGUGUCGAACGGAUUUUGACGGCAACCGAUGCGUGAGAUCAAUCGCCACAAAUCAGUUCACCUUACUCAACAAUUCUCUACCAUUCAAUAAAUACGCGUUUCUAACGACCCACAACGCUUUCGCCAUUGAUGAUGGGCAACCGAGACUAACUUUCACCAAUCAAGAAGACACGAUCUCUCAACAACUCAAUAAUGGUGUACGUGGCUUAAUGCUCGAUACAUAUGAUUAUGAAGGAGACAUAUGGUUGUGCCAUUCGUUUGGAGGCAAAUGCCAUGACUACACCAAAUUUAACCCCGCUAUCGACACAUUUAGGGAAAUCGAAGCUUUCUUGUUUCAAAACCCAUCUGAAAUUGUGACGUUGGUUUUGGAAGAUUACGUUGAAACACCAUACGGAUUGACUAAAGUUUUUAAAGACUCAGGCUUAAUGAAGUAUUGGUUCCCUUUGUCGAGAAUGCCUAAAGGUGGCCACGAUUGGCCUUUGGUUAGCGAAAUGGUCGCGAAAAAUCAAAGGCUUCUUGUUUUCACUUCGAAAGAGUCUAAGGAAACUAGUGAAGGCAUUGCUUAUCAAUGGAAUUACAUGGUUGAAAGUCAAUAUGGUGAUGAUGGAAUGGAGGUUGGAAAUUGCUUCAAUAGGGCCGAAUCGAAAGUUUUAAACGAUACGAGUAGAUCUUUGGUGCUCGUGAAUUAUUUCCGGUCACUUCCGAUUAAGCUUAUGGCGUGUGUUCAGAACUCCGGCGACCUAGACAAUAUGCUCGGGACAUGUUAUACUGCAGCCGGAAACCGGUGGGCUAAUUUCGUGGCCGUUGACUUUUAUAAGAGGAGUGAAGGAGGGGGAACGUUUAAAGCCACGGACAUGUUAAAUGGGGAGCUCUUGUGUGGGUGCAAAGACGUCAAUUCAUGCACUUCAGGUUCAGGCUGUACCUCUCAAUUCGGAUUAUCCUUUUGA